AAGAAAAACAAAGGAGCUUCAAUGUUCGUUUGAGAUCGAUCCAUUUUUUUCUUCUCCUCUCCACUUUCACCUUCAACGAAGAUCGAUUCAAUGGCGAGUGGUAGUGAAGCGUGUUGUUCGACGCAGCUUAUUGACGGAGAUGGUGCGUUCAAUGAUGCUGGAAUUGAACAUUUCAUAAAGGAGGUUAAACUCGCAGAAUGCGGACUGUCAUACGCUGUAGUCUCCAUCAUGGGACCGCAGAGUAGCGGUAAAAGCACGUUAUUAAAUCAUUUGUUUGGUACCAAUUUCAGGGAAAUGGAUGCCUUUAAAGGAAGGUCUCAAACCACAAAAGGUAUUUGGAUGGCAAAAUGUGCUGGUAUGGAGCCUUGCACUCUAGUAAUGGACUUGGAGGGCACUGAUGGAAGAGAACGUGGAGAGGAUGACACAGCUUUUGAGAAGCAAAGUUCCCUUUUUGCACUGGCAGUUUCAGAUAUAGUGCUAAUAAACAUGUGGUGUCAUGAUAUUGGUCGGGAGCAAGCUGCAAAUAAGCCUCUUUUGAAGACUGUAUUCCAGGUCAUGAUGCGAUUGUUUAGUCCACGUAAAACAACUUUGAUGUUUGUCAUACGUGAUAAAACAAGGGUGGAACCUGUUCUUAGAGAAGACAUUCAGAAGAUAUGGGACUCGGUUCCUAAGCCUGAAGCCCACAGGGAAACUCCACUAAGUGAAUUUUUCAAUGUUGAAGUUGUUGCACUUUCUAGUUUUGAAGAGAAAGAAGAUCAAUUCAGAGAGCAGGUUGCUAAUUUGAGGCAACGAUUCCACCACUCCAUUGCGCCUGGUGGGCUUGCUGGAGACAGAAGAGGAGUUGUACCUGCUUCAGGAUUUUCAUUUAGUGCACAGCAAAUCUGGAAAGUCAUCAAGGAGAAUAAGGACCUUGACCUUCCAGCACACAAGGUCAUGGUGGCUACUGUACGUUGUGAAGAAAUUGCUAAUGAAAAAUAUGCUGCUUUCACUAAAAACGAGGAUUGGUGUCAGUUGGAAGAGACUGUAAAGUCCGAACCAGUUGCUGGGUUUGGGAAGAAGCUCAGUUCAAUUCUCAACACCACCUUAUCAGAGUAUGAUGUAGAAGCAACGUAUUUUGAUGAAGGUGUCAGAUCUUCAAAACGAAAGCAGCUUGAAGAAAAACUGCUGCAACUUGUCCAACUGGCAUACCAGUCCAUGGUAGGACAUAUAAGAUCUGGAACUUUUGAUAAAUUCAAGGAGGCAUUUGAUAAAGCUUUGAAUGGAGGGGAAGCAUUUUCUGUGGCUGCUUGUAGUUGCACUGAAAAUCAUAUGGCUUUGUUUGAUGAAAAAAGCGCAGAUGCUAUUGUUGAACUGGCAAACUGGGAUUCAUCUAAAGCAAGGGAUAAGCUUCGUCGUGAUAUAGAUGCACACGUUGCUUCUGUCCGUGCUGCCAAGCUUUUAGAACUUACUUCAUCAUAUGAGGCAAAACUGAAUGAUGCACUAUCAGCACCAGUUGAAGCGAUUCUAGAUGAAGCUAAUAAAGAGACCUGGCCAGCAAUAAGGAAACUACUUUUGCGUGAAACUGAAUCAGCUGUCUCUGGGCUUUCCAGUGCACUUUCUGGUUUCAACUUGGAUGAACAAACAAAAGACAAGAUGCUAACAAGUCUGAAGGAUCAUGCAAGGGGUGUGGUUGAAGGAAAAGCAAAGGAAGAAGCUGGAAGAGUCCUGAUCAGAAUGAAGGAUAGGUUUUCGAUGCUGUUUAGCCAUGAUUCGGAUUCAAUGCCACGUGUUUGGACUGGGAAGGAAGACAUUCGAGCCAUCACUAAAACAGCCCGCAGUGCAUCCUUGAAGUUGCUCUCUGUUAUGGCUGUAAUCCGCUUGGAUGAUGCUGGUGAUAAUAUUGAGAAUAUACUAUCCCUUGCCCUGGUAGAUACCAAGAAUAAUGCUGCUGAUAAGAGCAUUACAACUACUGAUCCACUGGCCGCAAGCACUUGGGAGCAGGUUCCACCCUCAAAAACAUUGAUCACACCUUUCCAGUGCAAGUCUUUGUGGAGACAAUUCAAGGCAGAGACAGAGUACAGUGUCACUCAGGCCAUUUCUGCUCAGGAAGCCAACAGACGCAAUAACAACUGGUUACCACCUCCAUGGGCAAUUCUUGCAUUGAUUGUCCUGGGAUUCAAUGAAUUUAUGACACUUCUCAGGAACCCUUUAUAUCUGCUUCUUAUCUUUAUAGGUUAUCUACUGGUCAAGGCCCUGUGGGUGCAGCUAGACAUUUCGGGUGAAUUCCAAAAUGGCGCUCUUCCUGGGCUCAUUUCCUUGUCAACUAAGUUCCUUCCCACGAUUAUGAAUCUGCUCAAAAAACUAGCAGAAGAGGGAGCAAAUCCUGCUACUAAUGCUCCUCAGAGAAACCCAGCAACAAAGAGCUCCAAACAUGGAAGCAGAAGUGAUUUGUCAUCAAUUGCUUCAUCUACAGUAAAUUCAUCCGAAAAUGAUACUGGAUACUCAAGUCUCUCCAAAGACGAUUAGCCAUAACGCGACCUGAGAUGCUUUAACAAAGCAUUCCAUUUUUUGCUCUUUCUGAUCUGCUUGAUUGCUUCUUGCAUUUAUGGUUAGGGUGUCUUAAGUUUAUGGUCCACAAAAUUUGAUUCCCACAAGCUCGUGAGAGUUACGUCUCUUGAAGGCAUUGAUUUUUGUGCAAGAUGCCGCAUACGGCCCACAGGUUUCUAGUAAAAGAGUCCAAUUGAAUAGCCUCUUAUAUAUCAGUCUAGGGUUUAACCUUAUUUGUUUGUUUCAUAAUCCAUGAGGGAUUCCUACAUGCUAUUACCAUGGCUUUGGGUUGAGUUUAUGCCAGUUUGUGACCGAUUUUGUGUGGUGAGUAUUGUAAUGAGUUCUCAUUUUUGUGCAAAACACAAAUUAUUUAU